AUGAUUGCCGCAGAAAUCCCCACCCUCCCCGCAGGGGAAUCCCCAGAUCUGAUCCUAGUCCCAGCUACAGCUUCAGAGCGCCUUGCCUCAAUCAAACUGAACAGCGUCGCCUGGAAAGGCCCAUUAGAUGUGAAAACAUACAUAGAGCGCGAGAACCAUCUCCUCCAGCAACGGCUGACGCGCGACGGUCUAACCUGCUGGAUCCUAGUGGACCGCCACGAGCCCGAGGACGAGCGCACAAUCCUCAGCUCCUGCGAGUCGUACCGGAAAACGGCGCUGCUCGCACACGACGGGCAGGUGGAGAAGGUUUCCACGCACGGCGUGGGGAGUGUCUACUGUCGACCUGAAUUCCGCGGGAAAGGGUACGCAAAGCGGAUGCUAGAGGAGCUGAGCAUUAAACUCGAGACGUGGGAAAUGGAGAAAGAGUCACGGCGGAAGUCGUUGUUUACAGUGCUUUUCUCGGAUAUCGGGAAGAAGUUCUACGCUCAGUUUGGGUGGCGGCCGUUCUCGUCUUCUCAUAUGUCUUUACCGGCUACUACGGGUGGGCUGGAGAAGGAGCCUGUCACGAGGGAUCUAUUUGCUGAGGAUGUUCAGAAGUGUUUGUGCAGUGAGACCGUGCUUGCCAAGCUGCGCGACCAGAUGUGUCUCGCGUCGCAGAAGACGAGUGGUGCUAAGAUUGCCAUUUUGCCUAACUUUGAUCACUUUGUCUGGCAUUGGGCUCGAGAGGAGUUUUACGCCGAGAACUUGAUUCCUGAACGCUCCCCGCCUGUAGUUAAGGGCGCUGGUAAUGACCAGGCUCGCGUAUACUGUGCUUGGAACCGGAACUUCGGCGAGGCACCCGAGGAUAAUGUCCUCUACAUCCUUCGAUGGGUGUAUGAUGAACCCACAUCUCCGGCGGAAGAGCAGGCCACUAUUCAGGCCAUGGCUGCCAUCCUUCGGCGAGCACAACAAGAGGCGCAUGAGUGGAACAUGAGCAAGGUUGAAUUUUGGAAUCCUACUCCCCUUUUGGAGAAGGCUGUGGCCUUGGUGGACCCGAAGGCUGAGCUUGUCCACCGCGAGAAGGAGAGCAUCGCCAGUUUACGGUGGACUGGCGAGCAGCAAGGGUUGGGCAAGGAUGUGGAGUGGUGGUUGAAUGAGAAAUACACUUGGUGUUAA